AUGGGAAUCCAACGUGGAACAUCGGCUGAGGCAGCGACUUCUUCGCACAUCUCUGAUUCUCUAACAGAGAAAUUCGGUCAGCUUCAUGUGCUAGAUGAUCUAAUCCGCCUUCGUGCCGCAGAUGUUGUACAACACCCAAUUCUUGCAUACCCGAGCUCCGAUAGUGAUGCAGCGUCCUACAAUUAUUAUACUGGCCAACAGCUGGAUGAGAUGAUAGAUCAAGCUGUCACAAAAUUGAUGGAAGAAGGCUUUCGACCGCCCAAGAAGGACGGAUGUAUAGUAGCAUUGCUCGCAUUGUCUGAUCUAAGCAUGGUCAUUACUCUCUUUGCACUUAGUCGGUUGGGAUACACCGUCAUGAUCCUAUCGCCACGUUUAUCGGGAGACGCAUGUGUUUCUUUGCUCGAUACGGUCGGUUGCGAGAAUAUCAUUUAUGGCAAGACUGGCACUAUUCGCGCAACAAUGGGUGACAUCUUGCAAAGGAAGCUCAUGACAUGUCGCCCAAUUACUGCACUCACCGACACUAUUCCAAAGAGCCCAGGGGGCCUAGAGACUUCAUUGCUAGUUCUGCAUAGAAGACGGAGCUCCGAGGCUCAAAGAAGCAAAAUUGCCUUGAUACUCCACUCGUCCGGCUCUACUGGAAACCCCAAACCCAUGUUUCUCACACAUCGUGCACUGAUGACCCAUCCAUUGAAAGGGCCGGGCUUAACUUCAUUCAACCCGCUCCCUUGGUAUCACCUUCAUGGAAUCUCAACCGCAUUACAAGCGAUGUGGAUGAGGAAAACAGCUUUUAUGUGGAAUGCAGCCCUGCCACUCACAGCUGACUCUGUUGUCUGCGCUCUGCAAGAAGCUAAGCCCGAAUAUGUUGCCGCAGUUCCAUAUAUGCUGCAAGUAUUAGUGGAAAAUACUCAUGGUAUCGACGCACUGCGUAAAUGUAAGGUGGUUGGCUACGGUGGAGCGCCAUGUCCGGAUGAUCUUGGAGACCGUAUGGUGCGUGAAGGAGUUCAUUUUGGUGGUUCAUUUGGACUCACGGAAGCAGGGCUCGUCGCAGAGUCUAUGUCUCGACCGAAAAGCGACCCAUAUUGGAACUAUUUGAAAUUCUUUGAAAACCUUCAACCAUAUAUCUGGAUGAAGCCUCUUGGCGCUGAACUGUAUGAGUGUGUCUAUUUGGCUGGACACCCUGCAUUGACAACUUCAAACUCCAAUGAGCCAGCAGGAUCAUUCCAUUCCAAGGAUGUGUUUAUCCCUCACCCCACCCUGGCUGGGAGAUGGAAGUACGUCUCUAGGAUUGAUGAUCGUAUUACUCUCACCAAUGGAGAGAAGGUGUUACCAAUCCCGAUUGAAGGCUGCAUCAAACAACAUCCUCUCAUUCAUGAAGCAGUGGUUGUCGGAUUGGAGAAAGCAGCUCCAGGUCUUUUGGUUUUCCGAUCUCAGGAAGCGGAUGAUGCAGGUCUCUCGGAUGAUCGAUAUCUUGAUGAGAUUUGGCCUAGUAUUGAAUUUGCCAAUUCUCGCGCGGAACAAUUUUCUCAGAUCGCUAGAGAUAUGGUGGCAGUACUGCCAUCUGCCUCAUUUUUCCCUCGGACGGAUAAAGGGUCUAUGAUCCGAGCACAGGUUUAUUCGCAUUACGCUGAGCUUAUAGAGAGCAUCUACGCGGAAGGCCAAGAAGGAGGUAUUCGCCUUUCUCUUGAUGAAACCAUAUCUAUCAUAAUGAGCUUAUGUCAGACGGAUCUUGGUAUCGCACUUUCUGGUAUCGAGGGGAGCUUCUUCGUGGAAGGAGUUGAUAGUCUAAAGGCAAUCCAUCUCCGGCGCCUCAUCCUUCAGAACUUUGAUCUGCCCAAGGAGAGCCUGCCACCAAAUGUUGUAUAUGACACAGGAAGUGUUGCACAACUAGCAGCGUAUAUUCUUGCAGUCCAGAGUGGCGAGAAUAUUUCAAUUAUGGACGACGAAAUCAAGGUCCUAUCCAAACUAAUUCAGAAAUAUUCCACGUUCCAGAGACACAUCCCCACCAGCUCUCUAUCAAAAGCCAACAGUAUUAUUCUCACAGGGGCAACUGGAUCAAUCGGUGCUCACACCUUAUAUGAACUCCUUAACGACGAUUCCGUUGCUACGAUCUUCUGUCUAAGUCGCCGAACCGCUCCAUUCGAUGAAAUUCUCCACAGCCUCAUCGAAAAGCAGCUACAUAUCACACCAGACCAAGCAUCAAAAAUUGUCGCCCUGACCAGUUCCCUCGAUCAGCCCGAUUUCGGCCUCGACCAAAGACUCCUGACUCGCAUGCGUCAAUCCGUCACACAAAUUCUGCAUAUAGCCUGGCCGGUGAAUUUCAAUAUCCCUCUACGUCAAUUCGAACCCCAUCUCCGCGGUCUCUACAAUCUACUUCAAUUCUCGCUUUCCGUCGACCAGCCAGAGCCUGCAGUGGUUAUGUUCUGCUCUUCUGUUUCUGCUGCCCUCGGUACAGCAUAUACUGAGAUCCCAGAGGCCCCCAUUCAUCUGGACACAGCUCACCUGAGCACAGCGUCUAUGGGCUAUGGACAAUCCAAGCUAGCAGGAGAGCACAUCGUCAGUGCGGCACACCACUCAGGAGCGAGGGCGUACUCCCUCCGUAUCGGACAAGUGUCGGGCCACUCGAAGAAAGGAUUAUGGAAUGAUACUGAGGCACUACCGCUCAUGAUCCGAUCAGCUUUGACUCUGAAAGCGUUGCCCAGUCUCGAUGAGAGUUGUUCCUGGCUACCGGUUGAUAAACUCGCUGCUGCGAUUCUGGAGCUGGCGAGAUCGCGCGCGGGCUCGAGCGAGUCCGAGAUAAGUGAGACAUCCUGGCAGAUGGGCGAUGAUUCAGUUUACAAUUUGUGCAAUUCUCGGAAAUUUUCCUGGUCGGCGUUGUUAGAAUCUUUGGGCCGGAAUUUCCAAUUCGAUGUUGUGCCCUUUGAGGGGUGGUUGCGGUUGCUUCGGGAUAGUGAGAGUCGGGGUGAGGAGCAGAUUAAUCCGGCUGUGAAGCUGAUUGGGCAUUAUGAAGCUAUGCAUGGUCCUGACUCUGUUCUUGGUACUCCUGGUUCGAAAAGCUUUGUGGUGGAUAAGGCUGAGCGGGAUAGUCUUACGCUUCAGAAUGGUCGGUUGAGGAUUAUUGAAGAUGGAAUUCUAGACUGCUAUAUUCGGGACUGGAAGUCGCGAUGGAUGAGAUCGUGA